GGUUUAUAAUACCCUUUAUACAUUACAAAUCAUGGGCUUGGAACAACCUAAACUGGAAGACAUUCCAGUGGAUGACAUUGACUUCUCCGAUUUGGAGGCCAAAUACACCGUGGAGGAAGAUAAUUCAUUUGAUAAAUAUUUAGUUGUUGAUGGUGCCCCAAUUGCUCCAGAAGCUAAAGUUCCAAUCUUGACUAAAGUUUUAAACAAAUUACUAAGUCAACAUGGUAAAGUUACCAAUUUCUAUAUGCCUUUAGAAAAUGGUAAAACUAAAGGUUUUGCAUUUGUUGGUUAUGAAUCUCCAGAAAUUGUGGACAAAACAAUCAAAUCUUUGAAUGGUAAAAAAUUGGAUGUUAAACAUCGUUUAUUAUUAAACAAAUUAACUGAUGUGGAAAAAUAUGGUGCUCAAGGUAAUAUCACUGAUGAAUUCAAAGAACCUGAAAUACCACCAUUUGAAGAAACUGAUUAUUUGAAAUCUUGGUUACAAGAUCCAUCUGGUCGUGAUCAAUUCAUUUUACAUAAACAAGAAGUUGUUGGUGUGUUCUGGAACAAGAAAAAGGAAAAUCCAGAACCUGUUAUUGAACCAAGAUUGAACUGGACUAGUGGAUUUAUUAAAUUUUCUCCAAAAGGUUCUUAUGUCUUUUCAGUUCAUCCUCAAGGUAUUCAAGCUUGGGGUGGUAAAGACUUCAAAAAUUUGAAAAGAUUUUCUCAUCCAAAUGUUCGUUUAAUUGAUUUCUCACCAAAUGAAAAAUAUUUGGUUUCAUUAUCACCAGAUCCAAUUGUUUUACCACCUGAAGAUCAUCCAAAAAGAGCCACUUUCCCAUUCGGUCCAGAAAGUCAAGGUCAUAAAUUAGUUGUUUGGGAAAUUGCAACUGGAUUACCAGUUCGUACAUUUGCCCUACCUCCAAACUUGGAACAAAGAAAAGAAAUGAUUUGGCCAUUAUUGAAAUGGUCAUAUGAUGAUAAAUAUGUUGCUAGAUUAGGUCCAAAUGCUUUGGCUGUUUAUGAUACUUCAGAUGAUUUUGCCUUAUUGGAUAAGAAACCUCUAAAGAUUGAUGGUAUUGCAGAUUUCGAAUUUGCUCCACAUGGUGUUAAAUUGGCAAAUGCUAAAAACACUGAUUCAUUAUCUCAUGUUUUAGCUUAUUGGAUUCCAGAAACUGAUAAUCAAACUGCUAAGGUUGCAUUAUUAGAAGUUCCUUCCAAGAAAGUUCUCAGAACCAUUAACUUGUUCCAAGUUUCUGAUGUUAAAUUACAUUGGCAAGAUAAUGCAGAAUAUUUAGCUGUUAAAGUUGAUCGUCAUACAAAAUCUAAAAAAACAUUAUUCACUAAUUUAGAAUUCUUCAAAUUAAAUGAAAAAGAUAUUCCUGUGGAAAAAAUUGAAUUGAAAGAUAGAGUUAUAAAUUUCGGUUGGGAACCAAAAGGUGAUAGAUUUGUUACAAUCUCAAGACCAGAAGUUUCAGGUGCAAACCCUGCCAUUGCAAGAAAUGCAAUUACAUUUUAUGCCCCAGAAUUACCAAAAGGUAAAAUUGCUAAUUUGAAAAAAUGGGUUGCAUUCAAAGUUAUCGAACCAAAAUUCAGUAAUACUAUUGCUUGGUCACCAAAAGGUAGAUUUGUUGUUGUUGCCACAGUUGGUUCAACUUCUCAAGGUGGGUUAGAAUAUUACGAUUUAGAUUAUACUGGUGAAAAGAAAGAAUCUGAAUCUGAUUUAGUUGCAUCUCAUGUUAAACAAAUUGGUCAAUUAGAAUAUGCUGGGUUAACUGAUUUAGAAUGGGAUCCAUCAGGAAGAUUCGUUGCAGCUUGGUCAUCAUUCUGGAGACAUAAAAUUGAAAAUGGUUAUAGAUUAACUGAUUUUGCAGGUCAUUUAUUAAGAGAAGAAUUAUUGGAUGAAUUUAAAGCAUUUGUUUGGAGACCUCGUCCAGAAUCUUUAUUAACUGGUGGUGAUCGUAAGAAGGUUCGUAAGAAUUUACGUGAAUAUUCUGCUCAAUUUGAAGAAUCUGAUGCUAUGGAAGCUAGUGAAGCUACAAGAGAAUUAAUCUUAACACGUCGUCGUUUACUCGAAGAAUGGAGUUCUUGGAGAUCACAAAUCGAAUCUCAUAAGGAAGCUUAUGGUAUUGUUGAUGAAUUACAAACUACUCAAGAUGAAGAAAUUAUUGAAGAAAUCAAAGAAGAAAUCUUGGAAGAAAAAGAAGAAGUUGUUGAACAAAGUAAUUAAAAUUGUAUAGUAAUAAACUGAAGAAAAA